UCAAACCGGCCCUUUUCUUUUAGCAUUUUGCUGGUAGCAAAUGCUCUUCGUGUACAAAUUAUUUGGAAAACCCUAAUCUGGGAAGCCUUUUUCAUGAUUAUAAUUGUGUUAUAAUAAUACAGAACAAUGUAUUCUAGUGACGACUAUAACGAGGGAGGAUAUGAGUCCUACGGGGAGCAUGGAUAUGAGCCCCAUACCGGAGACCCUCAAUAUGAUUUGGAGUACGAUAGAUCGUACUACAAAAUGCCAGACAUGGUUAAGAAAUUCCUUGUGUAUUUCCGUAAUAUGAUAAAUGAGGGUGUUACGUACGAGAUCUUGAAUCUGUAUGAAACCACAUUCCCCAAACUGACUGAGCAGUAUUUUGAGAACACCCCUUGGCCUGAUGAGAAUGAAGUGGCACCCAUUGUGGACAAUGAUCAUGUGUUUAUGAUCCUUUACACGGAGCUGUACUACCGCGACAUCUACGCCCGCGUCCCCGGCGGGCCGAAGCCCGAGCAGCGCUUCCAGUCGUUCUACAACUACUGCGACCUGUUCAACUACAUCCUGUCCGCGGAGACCCCCGUCCCGCUCGAGCUGCCCGACCAGUGGCUCUGGGAGCUGAUCGACGAGUUUGUGUAUCAGUUCCAGUCGUUUGCACAGUACAGGUCACGCACCUCCAAGCUGAGCCAGGCGGAGAUAGACGCGCUCAACACGGAGAACAAGGCGUGGAACGUGCUCUGCAUCCUCAAUGUGCUGCACUCUCUCGUGGACAAGUCCAACAUCAAGCGCCAACUUGAGGUGUACGCGGCGGGCGGCGACCCCGACUCGGUGGCGGGCGAGUUCGGGCGCCACUCGCUGUACAAGAUGCUGGGCUACUUCUCGCUCGUGGGCCUGCUGCGGCUGCACUCGCUGCUCGGAGACUACUACCAGGCCAUCAAGGUGUUGGAAAACAUCGAGCUCCACAAGAAGUCGCAGUACUCGCACGUGCCGGCGUGCCAGAUCUCCACUUCUUACUACGUCGGCUUCGCGUACAUGAUGAUGCGCCGAUACGCUGAUGCCAUCAGGACCCUGUCCUCCGCCCUGCUGUACAUGCAGCGCACCAAGCAGUUGUUCUCGACGCGCUCGUACCAGAAUGACCAGAUCAACAAGCAGACAGAGCAGAUGUACCACCUGCUGGCCAUCUGCCUGGUGCUGCACCCGCAGUGCGUCGACGAGAGCAUCCAGCAGGUACUCAGGGAGAAGAACUACCACGAGAAGAUGUUCAAGAUGCAGUACGGCGACCUGACCGAGUUCGAGAGCUGCUUCACGUUCGCCUGCCCCAAGUUCCUGUCGCCGUGCCCGCCGCCCAUCGAGCCCGGCUCCAACUACGGCAAGGACGCCGUCAAACAUCAGACACAAGUCUUCAUGGAUGAGGUCCGUCAGCAGAAGAUGCUGCCGACCAUCCGCUCGUACCUGAAGCUGUACACGACGCUGCCGCUGGUGAAGCUAGCUGCCUUCAUGUCGGCGGCGCGCGGCGGCGAGCGCGACGCGGCGCGCGAGCACGCCGCCCUCGCCAUACACCUGCUGUGCUUUAAGCACAAGAUGAAGAACGUUGUCUGGUCCAAGGGUCCAAGUGGGCUGGAUGGCAAGUUCCAGAGCGGAUCCGAGUUGGACUUCUACAUCGACAACGACAUGAUCCACAUCGCGGACACGAAGGUGGCGCACCGCUACGGCGACUUCUUCAUCCGCAAGAUCCUCAAGUUCGAGGAGCUCAACCGCAAGCUCCACCACAUCAAGAUCUAAAUCCCAACUCAAACAUUAGGGUGAACAACUCUAUCCUCCUAAGGCCCAAGGUCCUACGUAUAGUUCUUCUUCAGUUUGAUGAAAUUUAAAAUCUAUUCAAUUGGAACAGAGUUGCAUUUCUUGUUUCGUUAAAUUUUCAAACAAAUAAAAUUCAACCCUAUUCCCUGGACGAUUCAAAUUUCAUUGGCAAAUUUUGGGCUUCGCACCUGUAUGGCUGGGCUUUAGGAGGCUAUUUUGGGACCCAAGAGAAUCUUUCUCCAGUUACCUAAGCCUAAUCCAAUAGGAACCGUGCGCGUUGGAGGGUCUGCCAUCUUGUGGCCUGAAUCGGAAACAUAUGUGCACAUGUGCCAAAGCAAGCGCUACCAUCUACCGUUGUCGUCGGUUCUGCCAUCUUGUGGGCUACAUCGGAAGCGUAAACGACACAUUUACGCCUCUCGCCAAAAAUCUGACGGCUCCUUUGCUGCCCCCUAUAGUUUAUGCACGGGGCCUAUUUAAUGAGUGUUUGAAGCGUUCUACGUGCCAAUAACCGAGUUGUUUACCCUUUAUGCACGCAUCAAAUCAAAACCUCUCCUUUAUGAUCCUAUCAGUCUCAAUAGUAACCACAAAAUGUACUUUGUAAGCAACAGUAUUUUGUAAAAGGAAUAAACAUCAGAAUACAA